CAAACACCAACCCAACAACAUAAACCACUACCUCUUUUAUAGAAUGCUCAACAAAGACAUAUAUGGAUAUAACAACCAGAUGGGUAAAUAAAUAGAGAGAGAAAAACCACCCAUCUCCAUCACCCCCCUACAUUCUGUCCAGACUUUUGUUGCAGAAAGAAGGAAGUGUUUGGAUAGCGAGAAAAUGGGGAGGGGAAAAGUGGAGCUGAAGAGAAUAGAGAACAAGAUCAAUCGGCAAGUGACUUUCUCGAAAAGGCGUUCUGGGUUGCUGAAGAAAGCUCACGAGAUCUCUGUCCUUUGCGACGCCGAUGUCGGUCUCAUCAUCUUCUCCGCCAAAGGCAAGCUCUUCGAGUACUCCACCACUUCCUGUAUGGAAAGAAUCCUUGAACGAUAUGAGAGAUAUUCAUAUGCAGAAAGGCAGCUUGUUGCAGCCGAUAUUGAUUCACAGGGACGCUGGACUCUGGAACACGUGAAACUCAAGGCCAGGCUAGAGGUUCUAGAAAGAAACCAAAGGCAUUUUAUGGGAGAAGACCUUGAUACAUUGAGUGUCAAAGAACUUCAGAGUUUGGAGCACCAGCUUGACUCUGCUCUUAAACAUUUAAGAUCAAGAAAGAACCAACUAAUGAAUGAAUCCAUCUCCGAGCUUCAGAAAAAGGAUAAGGCACUGCUGGAGGAAAACAAAUUGCUUGCAAAGAAGAUUAAGGAAAAGGAGGAGAAGGAACUUGCACGACAUGCACAAUUGGAGCAGCAAAACCAUGACCAAAAUUCAUCCUCUGUUGAUCUGUCACAGCCAUUGCACUCCUUAGAUAUUGGUGGUGCUUACCAGGCAGCAGCUGGAAGCAAUGGAGAUGUAGAAGGAGCUCCAUUUCAAACUCAAAAUGGUUCAGUAAUGCCACCAUGGAUGAUUUGUCACAUUAAUGGAUAGAGAGAGAGAGAGAGUCACCGUUUUAAUCUCUAUAUGUCCAUGGACAAUUUGUAUUGUUUACAGACCCCUAUAUCUAUUUUGAUUUUGCAGAAAUACUUGGCUUGAACUGUCCUAGUCAAGGAAUGGAGGAACAAGUCUAGUAACACAAACUGAAUACAGAUUUGAACAAACAAAUUGAUGGAUAUAAUUUCUGAUAAGUACAGCUUCACAAACAAAUCUUUUAAAAUCUUGCCCGUGUAUGCUUUCUGUGUUCAGUUCUGUGUUUAGUUUGUGUUCUUACCAUUAUUGAAAAGGAAGGGCUGGGAGCCCCACCAUGAGGGCAACUCAGCCAUUCAACCCAAGUAUUGAUAGUGUAUAUCGAAACUGCAUUGGAAUCUAACAAUGAUUUAUCUUUCCCUUUAUGAUUGGAGCUAUUGAUUAGACUCUUUUUGCCUUA